AUGGCCGACUCAUUUGUCUUUGGUAUUGCUGAAUCACUGCUAAAGAAGCUUGCUUCUCAUGUUUAUGAAGAAGCUUCUCGAGCCUAUGGUGUGUAUGAUGAUCUGAAAGGGUUUAAAGACACUUUGUUAAUUGUCAAAGGAGUCCUAUUGGAUGCUGAGGAGAGGAAGGCACAAAAGCAUGGCUUGCGUGAAUGGCUGAGGCAGCUUCAUCAUGUCUGCUCCGAUGCUGAAGAUGUAUUGGAUGGAUUUGAGUGCCAAACCUUGCGCAAACAAGUGGUCAAAGCUUCUGGCAGCACCAAGAUGAAGGUAUGCCACUUCUUUUCCAAGUCUAAUCCUCUUGUUUUCCGUAUUAGGAUGGCUCGUCAAAUCAAACAACUUAGGGAUAGAUUGGAUAAGGUAGCUGCUGAUGGGAAUAAGUUUGGUCUUGUUCAUGCGAGGAUCGAUGUUGACCACAGACUUGUGGUGCAAAGGAGAGAAAUGACUUAUUCCCAUGUUGAUGCUUCAAAUGUGAUAGGAAGGGAGAAUGAGAGGGAAAAUAUUAUCCAACUUUUGAUGCAACCUCACCCCAAUGGUGAUGGUGAUGGUGAUAAAAGCCUCUGUGUCAUUCCUAUAGUGGGUAUAGGAGGCUUGGGGAAGACCACACUUGCAAAGUUGGUAUUUAACGAUAAGAGGAUAGAUGAGCUUUUCCCUUUGAAGAUGUGGGUGUGUGUCUCUAAUGAUUUUGACAUUAGGCAGAUAAUUGUCAAAAUCAUCAAUUCGGCUUCAGCUUAUGCUCCAACUGCUCUUGCUCAUCAAGAAAACAUUAGCAACUUGGAUAUUGAGCAGCUACAAGGUCGUCUUAGACAAAAGCUUUUUGGUCAAAAGUUCUUACUUGUCUUAGAUGAUAUAUGGAAUGAAGAUCGUGCAAAAUGGAUUGAAUUGGAAAGUUUAAUAAAAGUUGGCGCAAUAGGAAGCAAAGUCAUGGUGACAACACGUAAUAACUCAAUUGCUUCAAUGAUGGGCAAUGUUCGUCCUUGUAUUCUAGAUGGUCUUUCCCCUGAGAAUAGUUUAUCCCUAUUUGUGAAAUGGUCAUUUAAAGAAGGCCAAGAAAAAGAACAUCCCGAUCUAGUGGAAAUCGGAAAAGAAAUUGUGAAAAAAUGCCGAGGGAUUCCACUGGCAAUUAGAACAUUAGCAAGUUCCCUGUUCUCAAAGUUUGAUUUAGAUCAAUGGGAAUUUAUAAGAGACCAUGAGAUAUGGAAAUUAGAACAAAAGAGAGAUGACAUUUUACCAGCUCUGAAGUUAAGCUAUGAUCAAAUGCCAUCUCAUUUAAGGCACUGUUUUGCUUUCUUUUCCCUUUUUCCCAAAGAUUUUGGCUUUUUAAGUUUUAUAAUUUGUAAUCUUUGGGAGGCGCAUGGAUUACUUGAAUCCCUAGAUGAAAGUCAAAAGCCAGAGAAUAUUGCAAGACAAUAUACAAAUGAGUUUUAUUCAAGAUCAUUUCUUCAAGAUUUUGAAGACUAUGGCCACUAUUACUGUUUCAAAGAGUUUCUAGUGGUAGACUCCCAUACUAGGAGUAUACCUGAGCAAGUAAGGCAUUUAUCAAUUGUACAAAAUGAUUCACUUAGCCAAGCUUUGUUCUCAAAGUCCAGAAGAGUGAGAACUAUACAAUUUCCCAUUGAAGGAGUGAAUCUUGAUAGUGAAACUCUUUUGGACACAUGGGUAUCAAGAUACAGCAGAUACUUACGGUAUUUAGAUUUACGUGAUUCUUCGUUUGAGACUCUACCUAAUUCAAUUGAUAAAUUGGAGCAUCUGCGAGUUCUCAUUCUUUCCAAUAAUUGCAAAAUCAAAAGACUUGCUCAUUCUAUAUGCAAACUCCAAAAUUUGCAAGUAUUGUCACUCACAGGAUGCAUGGAGCUUGAAACACUGCCUAAAGGAUUAGGGAAUCUGAUCAGCCUUCGAAGACUGUUUAUAACCACAAAACAAUCUGUUCUGUCACAGAAUGAAAUUGCAAGCUUAAGCAAUCUUCAAACUUUGAGUUUUCAAAAUUGUGACAAUUUGGAGUUUUCGUUCAAUGGGACACAACUCACUUCCCUUGAAGAAUAUCAAGUUCGAUCAUGUGGGCGCCUUGGGUCCUUUCCUCUCUAUAUUCUCCCAAAAUUGGAGGCUCUGUUUGUUGAAGACAGUCCGAUGAUGUCAGUGAACUAUGAAUGCCCAAUACAAAGAUUGAGGAUGAAGUUUUUGUUUCUAAGGAAUUUUCUAGGGAAACAGACAUUGCCUCCAUGGAUUCAAGGAGCUGCGGACACUUUACAGACCUUGGUCAUUUCUAAUUUUCCUAAUCUCAAGAUGCUUCCUGAGUGGCUGACCACAAUGACUCAUCUCAAGUUUCUACUCAUUCGUAACUGUCCUGAACUGUUGGAUCUUCCAAGUGACAUGCAUCACCUCACUGCCCUUGAAUAUUUGGGAAUAGAAGGUUGUCCUGAAUUGUGUCGAAAAUGUCAGCCUCAAAAUGGUGAGUAUUGGCCCAUGAUUGCUCACAUCAAAGGCGUUCACAUUGGAGUGCUGCACGUUAAGCCUUCCCUGGGGAUGCUCACUGUAAGCCAUCCGCUUCUUUUAGCCCAUCUUCCUUUUUUAGUUUGA